AUGGAGCUCGACGAUGGCAACCAACUCGGCAACAUCCCAACACGGCCAAUGCGCGUGAAAGUCCUCUAUACAUUCGACCUCGAGAACAAAACGACUUGUUUGGCACGUUUCCCGAAUACUCUCGACAUUCCUGCCGUCGCGAUCGACGACCAGUCGCAGGUGGGCGUGAUCGAGCUGGCUCAGUGCAUAGAUGCCAUCAUUGCUGCCUCGCCAGAAAUCGUGUCCAAGCUGGAUACCGGUGACUUCACGAUA